UAAGAGGUUUUUUACGGGCGCUCAUCCCCACUUCGCUCCUCCCUUCCAAUCCUCAAUUCUCUCUCCACCUUUCCCUUCAUCUCUCUAGGGUUUCUUCCAGCUCCCAUGGCCGCAGUCGACGACCCCGAGGAGUCCCGCCGCCGCGCCUUGGAAGAGGAGGCUGUCCUCGCCGCCGCUCAAGUGCUUUUCAGUUUCCAAAACGCUCGUCUGCCUGAUCUGCCUCCGUCGGAGGAGGACGACGAGGGCCCGUCAGAGGUGGCGCCACCACCGCCGCCUCUGAGGUGGGGUUCGGUCAGGAAAAGGUCCCGGCAGAUGACGAGGGAGGGGAUACUGGAGGCGAGAAGGGAGGAGGCGGCGGCGGUGAAGAAGAAGGGGAAGAUGAGGGCCAGCCCGCCGUCGCCUCUGUACUACAGCGGCGGAUCCAGCGCGUCGACGAGCGGCGGGAGCGGCGGUGAUGAUGGGUCGAGCUCGCCUGAGAAGUUGGUGGCGGCGGAGCGGCCGAGGCCCGCCGAGCCCCACGCCGUGCGCGGUGACGGUCCUCAUCCAAUAAAGGUGGUUGGGAGCGAGCGGCCGCCGUUGGUUUUGAGAGUGCCGGCACCGAAAUCCAUCAGAUGGUCGGGGAAGAAAAAGACGAUCCCGGAGCUCCAGGCGUUGGAGAAAUCACUGCUGGAAGAAAGAGGAAAGCUCCAGAAGGAGGUUGAAGCGCGGCGGAAGGAUCACGAGGCGCUUGUGGCGGAGAACCGGAGGCUUAAGCUGAACUUGGACUUGCUGAGGACGACGGAUACAACUUCGGUGGUGCCCAUACAAAUGAAGCAGCAUGAAUCAUCCCACCAUUUUCCACCAUUGCCCGUACAGGGUUGCAGGGAUUUCCUCCUCCUACCUGAUCUCAAUGAGCCCUUACCGGUAAAUCUAGACUGACAUGUUGGGACUUUAUAAAGGCAGGGACUUGCUAACUCAUUCGUGUACUGCGAAUAACCCCAACUGUACAUAAAAAAGAGCCCGGUGGAGGUCAUUAAGAACAGUGAAGGUUUGAUAGCUGAUAAAGAGGACUUAGAAAGUAGUUUUAGUAUCUGAAAGGAGCACCAGAGAAGAAACUCUUAACUUAUUUGUUUGUUGGUUAUUUAAUGUCCCUAUGUUUCUGCAGAAAUAACAUAUUUCUCCUUUCGGGUAAAAUGUAAUUAUUUCAUUAAUAUAAUCCAAGUAAUUUUGGGAAGACAAUGAAUUGAUUUGUUUUGUUUUUUUUGAAAA